AUGGAAGACCAUCGAGAAGUCGGUCUUGCUAAUAAAGCCCCUCGGAACAGGGAAGCCAAAGCACAGCAGCAACAACAAUAGAGAAGGAAUAGAAGGCUUCAUCAGCCAACGACGCGACGAAAUAACACAACCUGAGGACUAUUCAUUCAGAGUAUCACCUUGCAACACGAGUCUGGGAUAGAUAGAUAGAUCUAUCUGUCGUCAUACCAUCGACAGCAAGCUCCCGUACCGGUACCAGCCAUCUGUCUGUCGCUUGGAGACCGCCUUGAAAAAAGCGAAACAAUCAUCGCAUCGAGCUGCAGCAGUCCCAGUUUAUUGCUGGCUACCAGUUUGUUGUUGUGAGAAAAAAUUUACAGUCUCAUAGCAACCAGUACCGUCCUACCUACCUGGCGGGUAACCAUCCAACAACAGCACAUCAAACAAAAAUCAACAUUACUAAAUAAUAACCAUGGCGCACGACAAUGCAUCUCUCAACGACAGUGCCGAUUUGCGAAAAAGCGGCACUCCAACCCGACAAAUGAGUAGUGAUUCGGCCGUCUCUCGCGACGAACAUCUGCAGCUACGUUCGAAAUUGCGAGGACUGCGUCGGAAUGCUGCCGUCGGUGGGAUUCAAAGAAGCAGAUCGAACGAUUCUCAAGAAGGUCAAUCAGCUGGAUGCCCGAGAAUUCGACGCACCCUGUCGAGCGAGUCUUCCAAUCAUUCCGGUAGUCACAUGACAUCCGAUGGUGGCGCAUUGAGUGGCAUGUCCAAUCACAGUGCCGCGAGUAUGGCCAGUGCCGGUAGUAGUCAUGAAAUUCAACGACAACAACAACAACAACAACGCGACGAUCGAUCCAUGUACAGUCACAAGACACACGACAGUGGUUCCCAAUCUCCUCGACGAUCGGCCGGACAUCGUCGUGGUCUCUUGGCAACAUCGGGAAUUCCUCCUCCCCGAGGACAAGACAGUUCCCCUCCUCUCGGCAGACGAGGCUUGUCGCGACGAUCCCGCUUGCAGCAACCACAACAGCAAGAAACCAUGAACAACAACUCGGAUCAUUCCAACAACAGUCCUCGACCAUCCCAAGUGGGUGCCCAUGCGGCCUUGCCAUCGGCAUCGGCGGCAGCGUUGGAAAAAUUGGCCAUGAAGCGGACCAGUACGGCUCGUGGAACCAAAGUGACGCGAGGAUUGGGCGGCAAGCGCAUCAGUACCACACGAGUCGUCGAACCCAAUCAAGUUCCCAUGGUCUCGACCAAGGGCCUCGUCUCGCCGCUGCCGGGUGCCACCAGUGUCCGAAUGGCGGCGCCGUAUGGCAAGAGUACGCGCAGCAAUAUUAUUGGAAUGGCGUCCGAUCAGCGCAGUACGCGUAGUGCUAUUCCACAACAACAACAACAACAACAAACCAUCGAUCAGCCCAGUGUUAGUCCGCGCAGUAUUGGUCGCAGCAAUCGUACCAUGAUGACCAAUCAAAGGAAUAUGCCCAGCAAUCCACAACACAGUAUUAGUCCCCGCAGUUCUGUAAGUCCGCGCAAUAACAAUUUACCACAACCACAACAACGAGAGCAAGAACGCAAACGAUUGUCCUCGGAAAUGAUGCAACGAGGAUGUGGAUUGCCUCGUGGAUUGUUGGCCGACGAGGAUGAUGAAUACGAAGAAGAAGACGACCAUGAUCAAGUACUAGAAGAAGAAGAAAUUUACGAGCAACAAGAUGAUUACGAAGAGGAAGAAGAACCAGACGAGCAAUUCCACAGAGCCAGUCGCACGUUCAGCGCUCGAUCGGUCGCAGCGGCAGCGGUCCCGCAGUCUCUUCUCAGUCGAUUGCCACCGGCGGGUGCCAGUCGACCACCACCCGUUCAAACUAGCCCGCCUCGGCCGCCCGUGGUACACACUACUAGCCCCCCUCGAGCACCCGUACCGGCUAGCCCUCGAGCACCCGUGCAGAAUUCCAUUCCUGCUGUUCCGGCCACCAACAACAGUGCGAGUACACACCGAGCAUCUGCGCAUUCUCCUCGAGUAGGAGGGCCUGCCAUUCCCACUACCAGCAGUCGACCAGGACUUCGAGGACGACGAGAAAGUUCCGUCGCCAAUCGCAACAGCUUGGUUGCCAGUAUGCACGGCAGCACCAUGAACUUGAACGUGAACAACAGCAGUCGUCAUCUCCAAAAUUCGCUACCAAACAUCACGCAUGAAUCUGCUACUAAUUCCAGGCACACGCAGAAUUACGACGAGGAAUCUCAUCGGCGCAGCACUCAUGCCCAUCGGCCAUCUUUGACGAACGACAGUGUCAGUGGCAGCGUUCGUGGCAGUCGACGCAAUCACAAUGCGGCAGCUGCACUGGUCCAACUCCAACAACAGCAAAUGCAAGAACAUCAACAAAAAUUGCACGAACCAUUAUAUCAGCCGACACAAGAGGAUUGGGCCGUCUUAUACAAGCGACACGUCGAAGAAUUGGAACGCAAAGAUUUGGAAAUUGCCAUGAAGCUCAGUACGCGAGAACGAGCUGGAGAUGAGGAUUACACCACCACCAACAACAACAAUAACGAGGAUGAUGAGGGCGACGACGAAGCCAGUCUGGGUGGCAUUGAAUUGGCACUGGAAGUCUCGCGACGAGAAACGCAACAAACCGAUCCCGACGAAGAAGAAAUGUUGCAAAUGGUGUUGCAAAUGUCCCGCAAUGAAAAUUCCAGAAAUAAUCACGAGUCAUCGUUUGGAGCGUCCUUUGCAUUUGAUGGAGGAGCAUCGGCAGCCGACAUGAGCUCGGAGCAAGAUCUCAGCAAUGCCGAUCUUUUACGAGACACCACAACAACUCGGCAGCAAGACGAUCCGAUGGAACAAUUCAAAGAAGCCCAUCGGCUUUCGGAAGAAUACGAGGAUGACGAAGAAGGAGAGCCCCCACUGACGGAAGAAGAACAAUUGGAACGAAUUUUGAGGCUGUCGCAAGAAGAGCACGAGCGAGAACAGCAACAGAGACAACAACAGCAAGCCAGUGAGGAAGACGAAGAAUUGAUGCGCAUCUUGAGGCUAUCGGAACAAGAGCACCAACAACAAGCGCAGCAGCAAAGUAGUCAAGGAGAUCUUGACGACGAACUAUUGCGCGCUUUGGAAAUGUCUCAGAAGGAAGCAUUGGACCAAGAAAAGGAACGAGAUGCAGUGGAAUUGGUGUUGGAGUUAUCACGGCAACAUACUACUGACACGUCGUUUUGGUAGGAGUGAGUCUACCGUACGCGAGAACGAGAACCGCAUCAAUCAGCGUCAAAACAUGCACAGGAUCCGCCGUGUGCACCAUGCAAGAAAACCGACGCACGGCAAGGAGACAGCCCGACGAAUAUGCAGUGCUACUGGGCAUUGCGGUGACACCAGGCAAACAGUGCAGUCGAGAGGAAUCUGAAGUGUGAAAGCAAAUAAGAUGGGCUGAAUUAGGCGCAGUGCUACUUUUGUUAGGUACUGGGACGCAAGAAGUUUGGCCGCAACGAUGAUCUGAAGCAAAACUGCUGGGGCCUUCCCCGACGGCCCAGCCUGUAGACAGAAAAGAAGCUAAGGAUACCUGAAGCCAGGAUAUCCAUUACUGAAGAAUUGAAAAGGUAGCAGUACAUUGUAGCUUCCCUGUCGCCAGCCAGCACGCAACGCAGCCCUUGCCAUCAUCUCCCUCUGUGUUGCGCCGUGCCAAGACGAACCUACCAGGUUUUCACCAAACCGGUCGCCUCAGCGCCGUCUUCCGUGCAAGCAAUAGAGCAAAACAGGGUCACAUGACGGGCUUCUGUGCGUAACUUCAUCGCGCCGUGAGAGACUCGGUUGCAAUCCGUCAGAGCAGAGAGAAAUUCUCCUGAUGGACCUACGGCGGUUCAAAUACUACAAUACAAAACCCGUUCAACUAACUAACUAUAGUGCUAUUCAUUCU